AUGAUCAAGGAAAUGCAACCUGAUAAUACUUUAAUUGCAUUUAAAGAUUUAUCGACUAUUAUUAAUAAAGCUAUUUAUAUGCUUCCAACAAAAGUUAUUUCUAUUUUACAACGGUUGUAUGUUUCUUAUUCCAGAAUAAGAACGGUGAUUAAAGCUGGUUUUACGAGUUCAAGUGAUAUACUUUCAGAAUUUGUAAUACAAAGCUGGCAAGUGAUACAACAUGGUAUGGAUAAAAAAGAUCAAAAGGCGUUAAUGACUGUUAGAAACCAAUUAAACACAUCUUUUAUCGAUGAUCUAGACACAUUUGUUGAAUCAUCAAGAGCUGAAUUGGUUGAGAUUCAGUCACAGUUAUUGCUUGAAGCAACUGGUGGUAAAGUUCAGUAUCUGCUAGAUAAAAGAAAUGAAUUAGAACCUGAUUUCUUACAAUUAUCAGUAUUGUUAAAAAAUAAAUCUUCUGAAUGUGGUACCAAUCAAGGGAUAAUUGAUUUAUUAGAACUAGAUGCAUUACUUAACAAUAUCAGUUCUGCAAUUACUAAAAAUCAAACGAUAAUUGAUACAGAGCGAUCGGUAAAAAUAAAAACUGUUCCUUCUGGAUUUACUGCAGAUUAUGUAUUAACAAGAGACAAAAUGAAGUUAGAAGCAGCCAAAUUUAAAGAACAAAUGUAUGAAUAUAGAAACAAACUGCAAAAACAUCGUGAUUAUAUGUUAGAAAAGACUAGAUCGGCUUCUCAAGCAUUGCAGACACUUCCAAAUGUUCAUGCGGGUAACAUGACAAGAAAUCUUUGGAAAAAUCAUAGAAAUUGGAUGCAACGAACUGAUUCUUCUGAUGGAACAAAUGAAACUGCUGAGUACGAUACAAAUCAACAGAUAACUGCUUUACUUGAGCAAAAAACAAAAAUCUUGGAUAACUUCACUAGUCAUAUGGAAACAGUAAAAGAAGAAAUGAUGGCAGUGACAGGCAAAUUACGCGAACAAAUACAAGACUAUCAAAAUAAAAUACAAGAGUAUCGUGAUCGUCAAUUAGAAGAACGAGGAUCGUUUUGGAUAUUUUCAUGGAAAGUACGAGGUGUUUACGCUGAGAACCGUGAAAAAAUCGUACGGGAAAAUAUAAAUAGAUUAGUACAACGAACUAGUUUUCUUCAAGAUGUAUUUCGCAAAGGUUCAUUUCUUGAUUUAGCUAAGAGUCUAUUAGCUGGAAAGGAAGCUUUGCUAUCUUAUAAAUUGAAGCAAAUUCAGUUGGAACAAGAAUAUAAGAAACUUAAACAACGUUAUGAUCCAGUUUCACAAAAAUUUUAUGCUAUUAUUGACGAAAUUGACAAGGUUUAUCGAUCGACUGGAACUGUCAAUGUUCAAAGUAUAAAAAUGGUUGAUGAAUUAUGUCGUGCUGUUCAAAAUGGGCACGAAUCUAUCACAUCGGCUUACGCAAUAAUGCGAAUCCAUUUAUCAGCAAUUCAUGUUGAUUCUGAUUUAUUAGUGGCUUCUGUGUUAGAUGCGCUACGAGUGUUGAAUAUGAUUGAUAG